AUGUCUGUUGUCUCUUCUCUUCCAGACGUCUUUGCUCUGGGUGUGUCCCACACAACUCAGAAAACACGAGCCAACGAAGUUGAAGGGAUAUACUACUUUUUCGUGCAACCAGAGCAAUUCACGUCUCUCAUCGCACAAAACGGCUUUGUGAAACACACCACUUUCAACGGCCAGAGUUACGGAAGCAGCAGACGGACUACCUCGGAUCUAGCAUGGAAAGAAUACAUCGUUAUACUUGAGAUAGACGUGAAGGGAGUCGAGCACAUAAAGGCUGACUCCAGUAUUGAUGUCCGGUAUGUGUUUAUCCGACCUCCCAGCCUUGAGGUGCUGGAGUGUCGGCUCAGGGAACAUGCGAUGGAGGAUGAGGCAGUGAUGCUCACGGGAGGUGUGGCGCAGGCGACUAUCGAGCUUGGGUAUGUUAAUAUUCCGGGGUUUUUCGAUAAGGUUAUGGUCAAUGAUGAUUUGAAUAUGGCGCACGAAGAGCUUGUCAGGUUUGCAUACUCGUAG